GUUUUUUUUUUUUUAAACUCGCAUAAUAAUUCCGGGGACCAGCGAAGCUCUCUGGUGUUCUCAAUUUCUUCGGUCUCUCCCGACGAAAUCUAUGCCCAGAUAAUAAAAAAAUCUCUACUUUUUGACUUGUACUUCACUCUCUUAGGCUUCUUCGUCGGUAUUUGCUUUCUCUGUUCCGGUUAAAAGUGAGUAUGGACGGUGACGGCUCCGGCCGACUUAUCGGCUCCGAGAUUCAUGGUUUCCAUACCUUGCAAGAUCUUGAUGUCCAGACAAUGUUGGAGGAAGUAAAAAGAAGGUGGCUCCGGCCAAACGAGAUCCACGCAGUCCUCUCUAACCCUAAAUACUUCACCAUCAAUGUCAAGCCAGUGAAUUUACCGAAUAGUGGCAGAAUUAUAUUGUUUGAUCGUAAGAUGUUGAGGAACUUUAGAAAGGAUGGUCAUAAUUGGAAAAAGAAAAAAGAUGGAAGGACUGUUAAAGAAGCUCACGAACACCUGAAAGUUGGUAACGAGGAACGGAUUCAUGUAUACUAUGCGCACGGUGAAGAUAACACUACCUUUGUUCGAAGGUGUUAUUGGUUACUAGAUAAGGCUCGAGAGAACAUCGUCCUUGUACAUUACCGUGACACGCAGGAGGCAGCUACGACAUCAGGGGACUCAAACUCUCCAAUCUCUAUCACUGAUCAUUCAUCCCCAAAUCUUGUGGCAGCUGAAGAUAUUGAUUUUAGCGUUGAUAACGCACGUUAUCUAGUAAGCAACAACAGUCCAGUUGUUAGAAAUCAUGAGAUCAGGCUUCAUGAUAUUAAUACGCUUGAUUGGGAUGAGCUGCUAGUACAAACUGAUGUUAACAACCAACCUGCACCAAUCUUAGAUGAUUUGUCGUACUUCACAGAACAGCUCCAAAGUGCUGCAAAUGGCUCUGCAGAGCAUGUGAAUGUGACAGUGGCUGAUGAAUCUCUUGAUGCUUUGCUUAACAAUGGUCCACAAAGCCGAGAGAGUUUUGGAAGGUGGAUGAAUUCCUUCGUCGGCGACUCUAAUGGUUCGCUGGAGGAUCCUUCCUUUGAAGCCAUGGUUACACUUGAGCAGGGUCCAUUAGCUCCCCAAGCUGCAUUUCAUCCUCACUCCAACAUACCUGAGCAGGUUUUCAAGAUAACCGAGGUUGCACCUGCUUGGGCCUAUUCGUCAGAGAAAACAAAGGUUUUGGUAACUGGGUUCUUACACGACAGUUAUCAACACCUCGGAAGUUCAAACCUUUUCUGCGUUUGUGGCGACUCCUGUGUCCCUGCGGAAUAUGUCCAGGCAGGAGUCUACCGUUGCUUUAUACCUCCGCACUCGCCUGGGAUGGCGAACCUCUAUCUUAGUGCAGACGGACACAAGCCAAUCAGCCAGUGUUUCACCUUCGAACACCGUUCAGUUCCACUUCCUGGUAAGACCGUCCCUGAAGACGAUCAAGAAUCCAAAUGGGAAGAAUUUGAGCUCCAAGUCAGGCUUGCUCAUCUCCUGUUUACGUCUUCCAACAAACUCAACGUUCUCUCGAGCAAAAUCUCACCUGCAAACCUUGUUGAUGCUAAAAAACUCGCCAGCAAAACUUCUCACCUCUUAAACAGCUGGGCUUAUCUAAUCAAGUCUAUUCAGGGGAAUAAGGUGUCUCUUGGUCAAGCGAAAGAUCAUAUCUUUGAGCUUACUCUAAAGAACAGGAUUAAGGAAUGGCUUAUGGAGAAAGUGCUCGAAGGUUGCAACACACUCGAUUAUGACUCUAAAGGCCUCGGUGUGAUCCACCUCUGUGCCAUUCUUGGAUAUACUUGGUCGGUCCAGCUGUUCUCCUUGUCAGGUUUAUCGUUAGAUUUCCGUGAUAAGCAAGGAUGGACUGCUCUUCAUUGGGCAGCAUACUACGGAAGAGAGAAAAUGGUGGCUGCUCUUCUCACUGCUGGGGCGAAACCGAACUUAGUGACAGACUCGAGAAAGGAUAAUCUUGGCGGAUGCACGGCGGCUGAUCUGGCACAGCAAAACGGAUUCGAUGGUUUAGCUGCUUAUCUUGCUGAGAAAGGUUUGGUAGCUCAGUUUAUAGACAUGAAAAUUGCUGGAAACAUUAGUGGGAACCUUGAGGCUUUCAAGGGGGAGAUGUCAAACCGAAGCGCUCUCUCAGAUGAUGACCAGAAUCUUAAGGACGCUUUGGCGGCAUACAGAACAGCCGCGGAAGCAGCGGCUCGGAUUCAGGGAGCGUUUAGGGAAAAGGCGUUGAAGGCGGCACGGUCAAGCGUGAUCCAGUUUGCCAACAGGGAAGAAGAGGCUAAAGGCAUACUUGCGGCAAUGAAGAUUCAGAAUGCAUUCCGCAAAUACGAUACGCGUAGGAAGAUAGAAGCUGCUUACCGGAUUCAGUGCAGGUUCCAAACUUGGAAAAUGCGAAGAGAGUUCCUGAAUAUGCGGCGUCAAGCAAUUAGGAUCCAGGCUGCUUUCAGGGGAUUACAAGCAAGGAGGCAGUACAAGAAGAUUGUAUGGUCGGUAGGAGUGUUGGAGAAGGCAAUUAUCAGGUGGAGACAAAAGAGAAAAGGGUUUAGAGGACUCCAAGUGAGCCAAGCUGAAGCAGAGGAGGGUCUUCAAGGUGAAGAAGAGGAAGAUUUCUACAAGACGAGCCAGAGACAAGCAGAGGAGAGGCUCGAGAGAUCUGUAGUUCGGGUCCAAGCCAUGUUCAGGUCUAAGAAGGCUCAACAGGAUUACAGGAGGAUGAAACUCACUCAUGAAGAAACUCAGUUGGAGUACGAGUGCCUGCAAGAUAUCUGAUCAAAAAUGGCUAUGGAGAGGUAAAUCCAAGAGAAAUAUGUGUGGAAUAUGGAUGGUGUUGAUCUGUAAAUUAUGUCAAUGGAAAAAGGGUACUUUCGACGUUUUCUGAUACUGGUUUAUGAGAAAUGAGAGACAGAACGAGACAACAAACAUAAAUAGUCUACUGUAGACUUGUACAUUUUGUAGAGUACAAUUGUUGAUUGUAUUUGUAUAAUAAUUCCUAAAUGGGAAGCCAUGUCAUGUCUGCAUCUGAUAAACAUAUUAGCCAGAAAGGUGAUUCUUACUAGUAA